AUGGAGAACCAAACCACAGUGCCUUACUUUCUGCUUCUGGAAUUCUCAAAAAAUCGACAUCUGCAGAUUUUGCAUUUUUUCUUCUUCUUUCUGUUAUAUGUGGCAACUGUUAUAGCAAAUCUUCUCAUCAUCUCUGCAGUUGCUAUUGACCAUCGACUACAUAGCCCCAUGUACUUCUUUCUCAUGAAUUUGGGUCUGCAGGAUCUGGGUAUUGUUUCAGUCAUUGUCCCCAAAUCCAUAAUCAAUUCUCUCAUGGACACCAGAUACAUCUCAUACUUUGGUUGUGUUACUCAACACUUUCUCUUUCUCUCUUUUGUAACUUCUGAUUUAUCCCUCCUAACAGUUAUGGCAUAUGAUCGCUAUAUUGCCAUUUGCCAUCCAUUGCAUUAUGAGUUGGUGAUGAAUUGGAAAUACUGUACAGAAAUAAUAAUUAUAGUGUGGGUUACAGGUCUCCUCUGUGGAAUGCUACAUACCACUGGCACUUUUUCCAUCCAUUUUUGUUCUAAUGUGGUCAACCAAUUCUUCUGUGAAAUUCCACAACUGCUGAAUCUAUCCUGCUCUGGCAUAAAUCGACUUGAGGUUGGAAUUCUUGUGGCCAAUGUCAUUGCUUCACUAGGCUGUUCUACUUUUAUAGUUGUAUCUUAUGCAGUGAUCUUCAAGACAGUGUUAAGAAUCCCUUCUGAAAAAGCAAGGGGAAAAGCCUUAUCUACUUGUAUUCCCCAUCUUACGGUAGUGUUUAUGUUAGUAUGUAGUGGAUGCAUUGCCUAUCUGAGACCUUCCUCUAACACUCCAUCUUACUUAGAUAUUGGAUUGACUGUUCUGUAUGCCCUUCUUCCACCCCUGUUCAAUCCAAUCAUCUAUAGCAUGAGAAAUAAGAAUAUCAAGUGUGUCCUUUCUAAACUGUGGAGAUUCUGA